CCACCUCCAUUAAAUUUAAUGCUUGAACGACAGUUUCCAACCAGCGUCAUCAUCUCCUGGUCACAUCCAAACACCAGCCGUACAUCUAUGAUCAGAGAGUAUAAGAUAUAUGUCAACGGGGUCCCGAAGACCACAGUUCAGGGUAAAGUGAAAACAAUGCUGUUGGACAGUAUAGAUCAAGAUAUGACAUAUAGAAUAUCGGUGCGCACGUUAACGGCGGAAGGAAUGUCAGAUGAGGCGGCAUGUACCAUAAUGAUAGGCAAAGGAGCGUCAGCAUCACCUACUCGGUUAAAAGCAUCUCACGUAACUCCAGACUCAGCUGACAUCACAUGGUUGCCAGGUAACAGUAACCAUAGCCACGUAAUAAGUGUGAACGGUCGAGAGAUGAUAACUGUGAAACCAGGUCGGCAUCAAUAUAGCUUCGCAGGAUUAUCGCCAUCAUCAGUAUAUCGUGUGAGAGUUACAGCGAAACCCAAGCACACGACUAACGACAAUUUGAAAAAGCAUUCAGCAGAGAUAGAAUUUAAAACUCUUCCAGGAGACAUGAUGAAAUCAGGACUUCCUGAGCCCCCAUUAGAUGUACAGAUAAAGCCAGGGAGUCUACCUGGAACCCUUGAAGUUGAAUGGUUACCAGUUACCAUAACAACAUCCGGUCUUUCAAAUGGUGCUGUUGUCAUGGGAUAUGCAGUAUUUGCAAAUGAGUACAAGGUUGCAUCGACCCCCUCACCGACAGUUGAUCGUUUGGUACUGCACAUCGACAAGUUACGAGCUUUAGGAGCCACUCACUUAGUCGUUAGGACGCUGUCUCCAAAUGGUUUCUCAGCGGACUCAUCCAAGGUGCGACUCCCUCAACAUCUACUUCAAACCAGUACACCGCUAACUACGCAACAAUCUGAAAUUAUACGGUUUCUUUAUUCCCCAUCUGUUCGAGUAAGUAGGUAUCGGAAACGAUACCAGCCUCACCACUUCUGGUGCAAAUACAGAGGCAAUGCAAGAAGCAAUAUGUACGAGAAUGCUUCCGAUGAUGACAGUCAAAGUUCACGAACUACUUCCGAAGACAGUCAUCCUGAGGUGUUCGCUAAAAAUGGUGCUGUAAAAAUGGUGAACACUCCACAAACAUCAAAUGAUGUCAAAAAAAAAUCAGACUUAGAGUACCAAUCAGAGAGUGACCGUUCUGAGUUGUCAGACAUUGCUGAAGAAGCUGAAGAAGAAUUGUCAGACUUCGAAAGCGGCGAUUUACCCGGACUCUCGGACAGUAUAGAAAAAAGCUGGCAGGAUGAACAAUUUAAGAACGUCAAAGAGACAUUAGAACACAAUGCAAAAUUAGAAUCUGAAUUUGACGAAACAGAUCCUGAAGUUGAACAACUUAAUAAACCGAAUCACGCAGUGCCUAUCCAGAUUAUACGACAACAGCGGGAUUAUGAACGCGAAUCUGACCUUUCGCCCCACAACCAGGUGUUAGAACCGGUGCCAGUGAAACCAAAGCAAACGGAUUUACAAAUUUCUGUGCCACAAAUCGAAAUAACCAAAGACUGCGCAAGUGAUGUUGUAACCUCUUCCAUGUCAGAGCAAUAUUCAGACCACGAAUUUGAUCACCCACGCAAUGGCGCUGCUGCCGCGAAUCCAAGCAUGCGGGAGAAAGCCCAGACGCGCAAACAAUCCCUGGACUCGGGCAGCGAGUGGGAAGACUCGAGAAAAGACUACGAUUCUAAAAACAUUAACAGGCAAUCCUUGGAAAAGAGUCAGAAAUCUUCACAAGAUACGUACUCCACAGAUCCGGAGGAACUCUACGAUGAUUCAACGGUGCGGACGUUUGUAGCGUUGUACGACUACGACCCAGAAUCCAUGUCACCGAAUGAUGAUGGGGUAGAUGAAGAGCUAGCCUUCCAUGAAGGUGAUUUAAUUAAGAUAUAUGGAGACAAAGAUGCAGAUGGAUUUUACAUUGGUGAACUGAAUGGAAAACGUGGGUUUGUCCCAUACAACAUGGUGCAAGAGACGCAAACCAACAGUGAAGAACCGCACACAAAACCACCACGUAACCAAAGCAGUGAACCAACCACUGGCGAGCUAAUCAGAACAGAUACCAAUAGUACUCCACAGGAGUACCAGAGCCCAGUGAAUGGCCAUCAGUCAUCAUCAUCGCAGAAAGAGGUUGAAAGAUGUAUGCUUAUGAGGGCGAUCUUUGAUUAUGAUCCAAGUGUCUCGUCACCUAAUCCAGAUAUUGAAAACGAACUAUCAUUCCAACAGGGUGAACUAAUAACUGUUUAUGGAGAUAUGGAUGAGGACGGUUUUUUCAUGGGUGAGGCGAAUGGUGAACGAGGCUUGGUCCCUUCCAACUUCCUUGAAGAAGCCUCUGACCCUGGCCUGAAUGGAUCUGCUGGCAGUCCAGCGCCCUCUACUGGUGGGUACUCACUCAACUCCUUCGACAGGUCACCUACACUUCCAUCAUCCAAUCAAGGACUAAGGACUCGCAGCAAGACUUGGGCAGGCAGUCGUCCAUCGGCAGCACAGUAUCAAAACAGAGCAAUGGAUUUGACCAGGUAAGCCAGACCAGUAUGGAUGACCCAAAGAAAAAGAAAGGAUUACUAUCCAAAGGUAAAGCAUUGUUCAAGAAGUUUGGUGGCGGAGAUUCUGGGAAUAAGAAAAAGAAGUGAAGAGAAGCGUGCUUAAAGCUGAGAUCAGAUGUAAGAAUAGAAAGCUGUUCCACAAAAGUUCGAGUUUUAGACACUGAAUGGUCAAUGAAGAAAGAUGGAAGUAUAACUGAGUCGUUGGAAAAUGACAUCGUCAAAUGGGUGGGCGGGCUAGACAACUGGUUUGUUUAGGAAUAGACUCGAAAGCUGGACUAUCGGAGGCAGAAUCCCUACUGGUUGAUGACAUAACAUCUUCUUUUGCCAGCAGUGGAGCAAAUUAACCAUCAUAAAACAUUUGUAUUUUUAUAGUGAUCAUAAACUCUAUGAAUAGAGUUAGAGGAAUCAGUGUAGAAGAUUUGUUUUCAAGCUUGAAUAACGAUAAAUUGAAGAUGAAAACAUCAAUGUAAGAAUUAUAUUCACUUUCAAAUCAGUCUUGCAAUAUAAUUGCUCAAAUGGAAAUGCAUGAUUCUAAUAACAAUGGCUUCUUUAUUGCCCAUUGGAAUGCCUCAAAUAAUAUGCUAUAGACAUUUUUUUAAUAUCAACAAAACCACUCAUGUACGGUAAUCAUUCACAACUAUGAUAGUGUAGAGGGCAGCAUUUGUUUAGUCUUAGAUGAGGUUUAUAAAUGGCAGUACAGUAUUCAAUUUUAAUGAUAAAAUUAAACAAUCAUGUGGUUUUUACUUUAAAAUUUGAAAAUAGAAUAAGAUAUUAAAGCAAUAUUUACUCAACAUCUGGAAUAUGUAUUGACUUAUUCAACAUUUACAGAUUUUACAUUUUUACUCUAUCAAAUCAAUUUAUAGAAAUUUAAUAGAGUUAAACUAUUAAUUGUAAAUUACUGAAUGAUAUUAAACAUUACAAAUCUUUUGAAUACAGGCUUUUAGAAAUAGGCCUACAUAGCGAAACUGGAAAGCUGUACAAGUGUGGUAGUUUGCCACAAGUAUUAAAUAUUAUUGAUAAUAAUUUAUGAAAUAUUAAAGCAGACAUUAAUUUAUGAUUGAGAGAGAAAAUAUACAGAAUGUGUACCUAAUAAUCAAUGCAUCAUGUUCCAGAAGGCGCUGCUGCAGGGGUCUCAAGUCAGAAGAAGACAAUUCUAGGUGAUCUGGUUAAAUGCACUUUCUUUUAACACAUCUAAAUCUAUUUCUGUAGAUGGUGAUACUCAUUGAUAAUAAAAUAGUAAAAACAUGCAAAUAUUAUAAAUUUGUAGAAGAUGUAUUGUUUUCCUAGAGGGGAAGACCGUUUCUGUAAAGGCAGGCUCAGGUCGCCACGGAACUCAACUCAACUCAACUCAACUCAACUCGUCAACAUGAGCGCUCCGCGCAACUGAAAGGAACAAGACCGGAACUGAACGCAACUGAAAGGAACUGACAGUCGCGCAUAUUUGUCGACAUGAGUCAAGUUGAGUUGAGUUGAGUUGAGUUCCUUUCAGUUGCCCAUGUUCAACUUUUUGUGUAACUGAAAGGAACUCAAAAAAGCGCGAAAAAAAUGCUGAUUCGGAACUCAAAGGAACUGACAACGUUGAUCCUGAUAUUAAUCGUAAUCAAGAUGCAUUAACUGAAAAAAGAUAUUAUAUUACAAUGUUUUGUUAAUGGCAGAUUACUUUAUUCUUUGUUUUAAAA